AUGUAUCCACAUGCAUCGCACCAGACAUCACCGCACAAUCCACGUCCCCUUGGACCGUCCCCUGAGUUCUUCCAAGCUGCUUCCAUAGUCCUCCGGUCCCUCUUUGUUAAAAAGCGAACCCCCAACUCCACAAAGCACCUGCACUUGUGCCUCUCCUCCUCACUCAUCAGAAAGCCAAGAAUCGGCAACGGCAAGUGCCCAAGUGAUCAUCGAUCAUAUUGGGGCCUUCUACUUGCUCCGAUCCCCAAGUCCGCCGCGGCGCCGUCGCGGCAAGCCCUCGCCUUGUUGGCCGGUGGCAACGACGGGAUGGUCCCGAGAGGCUACGUCCCCAUGGUGCUCGUCGGCGACGACGAGGGGGGUAGCGAGGAGCGGCGGAUCAUGGUGCGCGUUGAGAUGCUCAAGGAGCCAUGCAUGGCGGCCGUUCUGGAGAUGGCCGCGCAGCAGUUCGGGUACGGCCAGCGAGGCGUGCUCCGGAUCCCCUGCGGCGCCGACCGGUUCCAGCAGAUGGUCGGGGCGGAGUGCGCCGCUACAUAGAUGAAUUGCACGCAUUUGUGCUGCUGAAUUUGUUCAUUCUUUGGUUUGAAUUUCUUCCCGUCCUCGGUGUACAGAUGGGAAGAAUUUGCAUUAUAUGUAGGUCAGAUUUCAU